UUUUUGGACGGCCUGAAAGAUUACAGGAUUGUACUGCCGCCGCUGCCAAUCGGAGAAGGACUGAAAACAAUGGUUGUUCUUCACUGCGACACCGCUGGAAGGCCUUACAGGAUAGAAGAUUUCCGCCAGCCGAUGAAAGAAGCCGGCGUCAUUGAACAGGUGGGCGGUAUCGGAGCGUACCAGAUGUCGCACGUCUGGUUAGUCAACUUCCGUAGUGAAGAAGCCAAGAAAAAGUUGCUCGACAUCGGGCAUAUUGUUGUUAAAGGGAAGACUUGCGUUGUCUUUGACCCUGAAAGGCAGGAAGUGCGGCUGAAGGUGCAUUGGUGUGCCUUCAACGUCAGCAACGAAACUCUGAGGCGGGCGUUCGCCGAGUACGGCGAAGCGAAAGAAGUUUCGAGCGAUAGAUGGAAGACCGGCGGGUUUGAAAACGCCGACUCGACUACUCGUGUUGUGCGGCUGGUUCUUCGAGAAGGUGCAAGCCUCGAGCGCAUACCCCAUCAGCUGCGUAUCGGGAACGGUACAGUAUUAGUCGUCGUGCCCGGGCGUGCGCCGAUAUGUCUCCGCUGCCGCAACACAGGCCACAUUAGGCGGGACUGCAAGGUGCCCAAGUGCAGCGAGUGCCACGCCUUCGGGCAUGAAGAGGCUGAAUGCACGAAGUCAUACGCCCGCGCCGCGACUCGAGGAACAUUCGGCGAUAAUAGUGAGCUGCACAUGGACGAGGAUGAAGCUGAGCAAGCUGCCUCCAACCCAGUGGUCGAGAGCCCAACGGCCGCAGCGCUGAGCGAUGAAAAGGAAGGCGCCAUGCCAGGGACUCGUGAGUCAGCGCCCAGCACCCCCAAGUCGGCAACCACGAGCAUGGAUACCAAUUCAUCGCAAGAUAUUCCACGCCCUUCUGAAAAAAGCAACGAGGAACCCAUGGAGUCUGACCCUGCGGCUGCGAAACGACGCCACGACGAUGUCAGUGCAAUGAGCCAGGAGCAACGACUGCGUCUCCUAGACCGCCAGUGGGGCGUAGGUGAAGGGAAAAAGCAGCGUGUCACCAGCGGGCAACGAUCGUCGUCGCUUCCUCGCGACGACAACCCGAAGACCUAAUAAUGGAGGGACGGCACUACACGGCGCGGCGUUGUGCGCAUGAAGUUAAGCGCCGUACUGGCGGCCUGGUCUUGCUUAACGAUGGCGGCAUUUGAAAGACAUCUCGUAGUAGCCACGCUUAAUGUCAGGGGUCUUUCAUCCAGGAGGAGGCAAAAUCAGCUGCUGAGACUCGUGACUGAGCAGGAAUUGGAUAUUGUAGCGAUACAAGAGACCAAAAUCGAGAGUCAAGACCAGACCGACAGAAUGGUGCUCUCGUUCAGUAGUCGGUAUGAUGUUUGCGUGUCUCAUGCCGUGGGUACCUCGGCAGGUUGCAUGCUGUUGAUUCGCCAGUCUCUGGGAGCGAUUGUGGAAAGAGUUGAGACUUGCGCUUUCGGUCGAUGGAUUGUCUGUGACAUCACACUUGCUGGUGUGGAAUUGCGUAUUAUCUGUAUUUACGCACACACUAACACGGAAGAGAGGCGAAACCUUUUUGAGACAGUCGGCAACCAUUGUGACACAGACCGUCUGCUUGUCUUACUUGGCGAUUUCAACUGCGUAAGCAUGGCACGCGACAAAACCAGUGCGACGCCCUACCGAGAUGCGAGUACAGCCUGUUUAAGUGACAUAAUUGAUCGCUGUCAUCUAGAGGAUGUUGGUGAUUGUCUCGGAUGUGGUUCUGGCGUUCGGUUUACCCAUUACCAAGGAACGAGUCACGCGCGUCUGGAUCGGGCGUACGUAUCUGUUGAACUGAUACCGUACUGCGGCGAAUACAGCGUACAACCAGUGCCGUUCAGUGACCAUUGUCUUGUUGUCUUCCAUGUAGGUAAAAGAAAAGGAACGAGAAGCAAAUUUGUGUGGGAAAACUGGAAACUUAAUGAGAAGCUUCUAAACGAUGAUAUCUUCGUGGAUCGCGUUACGUCGGCGAUACACGAACUGCCAAUGGCGGACAACGAACUUCUGGGAGCGAAGUGGGAAAGAUUUAAGCAGGCAAUGAAAAUGAUGGCAAUUGAACGAUCGUGCGCUAUAAAGCAAAAGCAAAGGCUGCAGGAAAACACGCUGAGAGAUGACCUAAAGUUUUUGAUAAUGCAAGAAGGAAAGCAGCCAGGCACUUGCACCGAAGAAAUGCGCACCGUCAAGCAGAAACUAGAGGCAAUAGAUACGGAGCGAUAUCGAGGAGCGAUCGUGAGGGCGAGGGCACAGCGGCUGAUAGCGGGCGAAAUGCCCACAAAACGUGCUCUCGGCUUGGAAAAAAGGCACGCCCGCAAGAAUGACAUACCAAAAAUAGAGUGGAACGGUGUAAUCUACGUAGACAAAGGAAAUAUAGAAAGGGCCUUUUAUGAAUACUACAGCGGGCUCUUUGGUUACACCAAAGUAAGAACCGAAGACUUCAAGACCCGUUUCCUCUCUUUAAUGCCGCGGCUUAGUGAUGAUACGAAAGAGCGGCUAGAACUGCCCAUUUCAACAGAAGAAGUGCGGAAAGCCAUAGAAGACCUCAACCCGGGAAAGUCCCCAGGACCAGACGGGCUAGUAGCACCGCUUUAUAAGGCAUUCAAAGAUGAUUUAGCACCGGUUUUGGCUACACUGUUUAAUGAGGCUUAUGACAAGGAUAUGCUUCCUCCUUCAUUUUUAACAUCCCAUACAAUUUUAAUACCAAAAAGCGAAGAUGAAGCUAGACUGCGACAGGUUACCGCUUACCGACCCAUAUCCCUGACUAAUGUAGACUACAAGAUCUUCAUGAAAAUUCUGGCUAAAAGACUCCAAGCCGUGAUGCAAGAAUUAGUGGGACCACAUCAGACCUGUGGUAUCAAAGGUCGCACCAUAUAUACCAACAUACACACAGCCCGGUCCGUGCUCGAGUGUUGCGAUGCUUUGCAUGAAAGCAUCGCAAUGCUCCAGCUCGAUUUAGAGAAAGCCUUCGACAGGGUGCCGCAUGACCUCUUGUUCUCUGUUUUAGAGCACGUUAAUGUUGGAUCAGUCAUCUGCCAAGGCGUAGCCAUGGCGUACAGAGGAUGCACGACGCGGUUGUUAGUAAAUAAGGGGGUGGGAGCGCGCAUCCAAGUGCAACGCUCUGUGCGUCAGGGUUGCCCCCUGUCACCAUUGCUUUUUUGUUUGUAUAUUGAACCUUUUUGUUUGAGCGUUAUUGAAAGCAACAGCGUUCAUGGUUUUCGUUUGCAUGCGGCGGAGGUCCGCAUUCUCGCGUAUGCUGAUGACAUUGCCGUAUUCUGUGCUGACUACGAAAGCGUUCGUGUUGUGGUUCAAAUUGUGAAAGACUUUUGUUCUGUGAGCGGGAGUGCUGUGAACUGGGCUAAGUGUUUGGGGUUCUGGCACGGCGACUGGCC